UCUCUCUCUCUCUCUCUCUCUCUCUCUCUCUCUUCACCAAGGCAGUAUUUCUUGUUUUCCCCAUUUUAAUGUUGAACAGCUCUGUACUAAAGAGAGAAUUAUGCCUGAAGAUUGAAUCUCGCCUUCCCAAACAAGACCUAAAAGGGCAAUCGGUUGCUAUUAUAGGGUUGGGAAAAUCUGGGAUUUCUGCAGCAAAACUUGCUCUUGCUAGAGGUGCUUCAGUUGUAGCCCUUGACCAGAAUGAAACAUUAAGACCACUCGAGGACGACGUUUUAAAUGGCAAAUAUGGUAAUUUAGAGACAAUUUUAGGUUGCUUUGACAAUGAGCUACUUCAAGUGGCAGAUCAGAUAGUCGUUUCGCCCGGAAUUCCUCUUGAAAAUUACGGUCUGGCAUCUCUGUUACAAUCUGGAAAACGUGUUAUUUCCGAGUUGGAUUUUGCUGCACAAGUUCUCCCAAAGUGCACAAAGAUUUUAGCCGUCACUGGAACUAACGGAAAAUCUACUGUAGUCACUUUCGCUGGACAGAUGCUCAGCCAUUUGAACAUCGAAACAUUCGUCGGUGGAAACCUCGGUCUUCCUCUCUCAGAAGCCGCUCUCCAAAGCUUUGAAUCGCCAUCUCGCAAACCAUUUCAGGUUGCUGUGGUGGAAGUAAGCAGUUAUCAGCUAGAAAUUCCGAGCAAAAACUUCAUCCCUUCUGUAAGAAAACCUCAUUUCGGUGUUUCAAACUUCUUUAAUUAUAAUUAUUACAUUACAACCCGAGCAUGA